UCCUUCCCCACUCACUCGCGGAACCACAGAGGCAGGAGCCGCUCUGGCUGGACAGCACUGAGCGUAGCGCAGGGUUUUGGCUCAGCAUUGACGAGGAUGUGCUUUUGAGGCUGAUCGGAGUAGUUUGGUGCAGUUUCCUCGAUCGGUACCGUACUGUUUUUGCUCUGAGAAUGAAGAAGUGAAUCAUCUGUGAUCGCAGUCAUGGCUGUCCAGACUGGCAUCCAGGUGUGGUUCGGCGAGAAGUUCGACGCCCCGUUGCUGAGCCCCAGGAGCCCUCGCAGCCCGCUAGCACAGCGGCACGGCCCCGGUCUCGCUGACGUCUUCCAGUAUGACCAGUGGCUGGCAGUGCGACAUGAGGCCACCCUGGUGCCCAUGCAGGAGGAUCUGGCCAUCUGGCUCACCGGCAUGCUGGGAGAGGAGGUGAGAGCAGAGUUUUUCAUGGAGGAGCUGAAUAACGGCGUGAAGCUCUGCCAGCUUAUCGGUGUGCUGCAGACUAAGAUCGCCCAGAGCUGCCCCUCCGCACUCUGCAAACUGUUCCCCACGAGGAAGGUUGCAUGUAAGCGGGACGCCUCUCCAGGUUCCUUCUUCGCUCGUGACAACACCGCCAACUUCCUGGCCUGGUGUCGCCACAUCGGCGUGGAGGAGACCUACCUGUUUGAGUCAGAGGGCCUCGUUCUGCACAAGGAGCCUCGGCAGGUUUGUCUCUGUCUGCUGGAGAUCGGCCGCAUCGUCUCCAAGUACGGCGUGGAGCCUCCUGUGCUGGUGAAGCUGGAGAAGGAGAUUGAGUUGGAGGAGACUCUGCUGAUGACAGAGGAGCCGCCUCCGGCCGUCAAAACCUUCAGCGUGUGCUGCCAGCACGGCGGCCUCUACCAGCCGGGGGAACAUGGCAUGGACGACCCACCUUGCAACUGCUCCAACAGAGUUUCCAUUGAGUACCUGUCUGAGGGACGCUACAGACUGGGAGACAAGACCCUCUUUAUUCGGAUGCUUCAUGGUAAACAUGUGAUGGUGCGUGUCGGUGGCGGCUGGGACACACUGCGCGGUUUCCUGAUGAAAUACGACCCUCUGCGAGUGCUGCAGUUCACCACUCUGGAGCAGAAGAUCCUGGCCUUUCAGAAAGGCCCCCCCGGCCUGGGAGGUCACCAUGGCAACGCAGCUCCACCCCCUCCUCCUGACAUGGACCCCCUCGCUGCUGUCAACAACCUCAUCUCCUCCUCAUCCUCCUCUUCCUCCUCCACCUCAUCCUCUUCCUCUUCCUCCGGCUCGGCCUGUAAGCCGGUGUCUGUGACCGCUGCGGGUCAGACGUGCCGGUCCUACACCGCCUCCCCGGCCUGCACGCCCACGUUGCCCAGAAAAGGUGCUGCCACAGCACCCAAGAAGAACCUCCAGGGGACACCUUCUUCCCUCAGGAAGCCCACCCAGCUGCCCCUGCCCAACACCACCAAAGGUUCCUCCUCUCUGCCCUCCACACCCGUGGGAAGUUCCUCCAAACAGUCUCCCAGCCCGGGGUGUCAGGGUGUGCAGGUGCAUCGCAGAGCUCGGACUCCAUCCUCAGCUCCAUCACCUGCCCCUGCAGAUCCAAGCCCCGCCCCCAAACUGAAGCUCAGGCCGUCACCACGCGGCCCCGCCUCUCAGCCCAGGAGCCCCGUCUGCCCUGAACCGUCUUCCAAAUGCCCCAAACCCUCCAGCCCCUGUUCUUCCCCCACCGCUGCCUCUGUGCCUCGCCCUGUCGCCGCACCAGUACGGGCACCCACCCCUAAAGAUGCCCGGCCUCCAUCGGGCGCCAGCCAGCGCUCUCGCCUUGCACAGCGCCGUCCCGGCUCCCCAGCCUCACGCCUCCGUCUAGAGGCAGCCAGGCGGAUGCGGACGGCCACAAGAGCUGCAGUGACGCCGACGCCAAGAGCACCGAUGACAACUCUCCAAACCCGGACCCCCACCCCCAGCUCACGGACAGCCUCCCCGGUGCUGCCAAAACCCGCCUGCUCCCUGCCGAAGAGCAAAGAGGUCACAGCCAAAGCCAAGGGGCCGGCCCCAACCAAGGCGGCUGUUGCCGCCCCUUCACGCGGUACUGCUGCUGUCCCCAGGCGGGUCCCAGGGGGCAACACAGGCCCUUCUCCCGCCAGCAUAGCCAAUCAGAAAACACCAGCCACAGUACAGAGAGGGGGGCGAAAACAAGCAGCCACCACUAACCCCAUCAACGGGAAGCCAACUCUAAAACCCGAAGCGACUCCAGGACAAGCCCUGGCCCCGCAGAAAACCAGCCCCAACGUCAGAGCUGUUAAGACCGAGCCCAGCAAGAAGAUCCCACAAUGCAAGGGAAAACGUGAGGACCCUUAUUUUGAAAUGAACAGUAGGAGGAGGCAUAAGACAUAACGGGACAGCUUCUUGUUCAGCACUUGUUGGAGCUCAGACUCUUCAAAUGAAUCUUGUCACUAAUCUGCAUCAAGAAGCUUCUCAUUUUUGACCAUUUAUUUGUCUUCAAAUUGAUUUUGUUUUGAUUGAUUUGGUUUUUGGAUGUUAUUUAAUAGUCCUUUAUUUUACUUUUUUUUUUAAUCCAAAAGGGUCAAAGAUGUCAUGCUUUGUAUGUCUUGUCUUUGUGGUGAUGUAAUGGUCUUUUUUGAGAGGUCAGCUCCAUGUUCCGGGUUAACACUAAAACUUGCACAAUGUUUACAUUUUCACCUUCGUUACACGUACAGCCAUUACAAUUCAUUUGUGUCAACUGACUUUUAAAGAACAAAGGAUAGAAUUUUGUAGAACCAUGUUCAAACACUAACCUCAAAGCUUUUUUAGGUCAGCACAAGAUCACAGGAUACAGCCAUGAUUCAGUAAAAUGCACUUAGGUGAACAUUUGCAGGAAAAAGGUCCGUUUUUAUUCAUGGCAAGCAGCUUCUGAGUCCUGUUUUCUCCGACAAGUUCCGAAAGUUGUGAAAUUUCUGAAGUUCAGGACACAACUGGAACACAAAUCAUGGUUUCUGAUUUAUUUUUUCUCCCCAGUGAGAACAUACCUUCCACUGGUGGAUAGUCAGAUGUAAUACUUGUCUGAUUUUUGUAUAAAUGAUAUCUAGGUGGGAGGUUUGUGUCGAUGGCGCGUCAUCAGGAACAGACCUUCCUGUCGUGUGCCUUCAUCAGAAAUCUCGCGUUUCUGAGCGGCAUUAGAAUGUAUUAGAUGAUCAGGGUGGAGGGGGGGUUUAAUGGUUUUUACUGAUGAAAAUUGCACAGUGUGUAGAACACUCAUGACUUUGGUUUCUCAGAGAAAAGCCCGAGUCGCAGAUGAACUACUGAUCAAACGCCUCUUUUCUUUUGAACAGAAAACACUCGAGGCCCUCCAGUGGCCAAAAUCAUUUUAGAGCAGAAUCUACUUGUUAUAGACUUGUGUUUUUAUAUGGUUUCUAAUUUUUGUGUGUAUUAAAAAUCUAGUUUUCUAUGUGGUGUUUGUGUAUGUGUGUGUGUGUCUAUACAGUAUGUGUGUGUGUGUGUGUGUGUGUACAGUAUAUAUAUAUAUAUAUAUUAUCAUUUUUCUUGUUUGGCACUUUACAGAAACCGCUGUGUUUGUCAGAAUUUGAAUGUUGAUUCUGUCGAUUGUGUUCCUGCUACCUUUUUGUCAGUUUGAUUUAAUAAAUGGACAAGUGUUUUAAAAGUUA